CUCGACUCUAUAUAAAAUCUGAACCCUUCCCUCACUCUCCUUCACAAAAUCUUCCCAUUGAAUCUCAACUCGCAAUCAGUUUCAGAGCACUCUGCAAGUUUUCUCUCACUCUCCCUCUCUUUCUCAAAUCACACCACGAAGAUGAAGCAUCUGAUCCGCCGUCUCUCCCGCGUAGCCGACUCCGCUCAGUACAGUCUCCUCCGGUCUGAUUCGCAGCGACCGAACCGCCGUUCCGAGUCGUUUCUCCGUUCAUCGGUGGCUCGCCGCGCAAAGAAGAAUACAGCUUCGGUUCCCGAAGGACACGUGCCGGUUUACGUCGGAGACGAGAUGGAGAGGUUCGUUGUGAGCGCGGAGCUACUUAACCACCCGGUUUUCAUCGGUUUGUUGAACCGAUCGGCUCAAGAGUACGGAUACGAGCAAAAAGGAGUGCUACAAAUCCCUUGCCACGUGUUGGUCUUCGAGCGCAUCAUGGAGUCGCUUCGUCUUGGAUUAGCGGUGCCAAGUGACCUCCAAGAUCUAAUCGGCGACGAGACGAUUUGACGAAGACACGAAUCUUUGGUAGUUAGAGAGAUGGAUCUGCGUUUUUUUGGGGGUUCAGAUACAGAGUAAUACUUGUUUUGUUGUUGAUGUAAAUAGGUAUAUAAUUUUUUUUUUCUUUCUGGAUUCGUUUGAUGAUGACGAUGAUGAUGAAAAUUGAAAUCAAAAGGGGAAGGGGAAAGAUGAGCCACAAUUUAGGGCUUUUCUUUUCUGGAUUUUUUCUUUAAAUUGUUGUGGCAAAUUUCCUAAUUUUUUUCGCCGGUUUAAAAAUCGGUUGAAACUCUUGUGAAGAUGUAUGGAAAUUGCUACAGUUUGGAAUUUUAAUGUAAGCGUAAUUUCCUGGGUUUAUGUUA